CGACAACUACGCGCCCCCUCCCCGCCCCCCACCCUGGCGAAAUGAACCCCGCAGCCGCCUCUCUCCCCCCGCUCUCUAAGAUGGAGCGAGCAGGAAACUAACAAAGAAGCAAGCCAGCUUCGGCCUUGGUGGGAGCCACAAUCAUGCUGUUUUAAUGGACCGAAUGCCGGCCAAUUGCAGCGGAGAUUUUUACAGCUUUGCAGGGGAGAAGGUAGCUGUAUCCAGUUGGGUGGCAGGCAGACCCAAGGGGUACCAUGAAGUUUUCAGGACCCCUGGAGAGCCAGAGGUUGUCCAUCCUCCUAGAGAUGGCAAUCUCUAGGGAAGCUCAGAUGUGGAAAGUGUAUGUGCCCAAAAUUCAGCCCAAUGAGGAUGUAGGCAUUUCUCCAACCCAACGAGAUGAAGUGAUUCAGUGGCUGGCCAAACUCAGAUGCCAGUUCCACCUUUACCCAGAAACGCUGUCUCUAGCCGUCAGCCUCUUGGACAGGUUUUUAGCUGCUGUGAAGGCCCGUCCGAAGUAUCUGAACUGUAUUGCAAUCAGCUGCUUCUUCCUUGCCACCAAGACCAUUGAGGAAGAUGAGAGGAUUCCAGUACUGAAGAUAUUGGCCAGAGACAGUUUUUGUGGCUGUUCUCCAGCGGAGAUUCGCAGAAUGGAGAAGAUUAUUCUGGAUAAAUUGAACUGGGAUCUUCACACAGCCACUCCAUUGGAUUUCCUUCACAUUUUCCAUGCGGUUGCCUUGUCCACCCGGCCGCAGCUGCUGACCAGCUUGCCUAAGGUGAAUCCGUCCCAGCACGUUGCUCUGCUCACCAAGCACUUGCUGCAUUGCCUGGCCUGCUACCAGCUCCUUCAGUUCAAGGGCUCCAUGCUGGCCCUGGCCAUCGUCAGCCUGGAGGUGGAGAAGCUGAUCCCUGAUUGGCUCGCCCUCAUCAUUGAACUGCUGCGCAAGGCACAGAUGGAUAGCUCCCAGCUGAUUCACUGUCGGGAGUUGGUGGCUAAGCAUCUUUCCACCCUGCAGCCUUCUCUGCUGCCCAACUCGGUGUAUGUCUACAGUCCCCUCAAGCACAACCUGGUGACUUGCCCCACGGGGGCUUUCCGAUUCCACCCACCCGUGGUCCCAGUCCCUGAUUCGCAGGACAACAGCAAACCGGAAGUGCCAGCCAAAGGAUCCGCCUCGCUCUGCCGGCGUCGGCCCCCUCCCGGCAGAUGCAAGCCCACGACAGCCAAGCGUAAAGUGGAGGAGAUGGAGGUGGACGACUUCUAUGAUGGGAUCAAGCGGCUGUACAAUGAAGAGUGUGCUCCCGAUGGGGUGGAGGGCAAGGCCGCCUCCGUGUGCAGCAUCGACGUCUCGUGGCAAGGAGGCAGCGUUUCCCCCUGCCCUCCGUUGCAGCCCGUUUCUGUCAUGUAGUCCAGCGUUUCUCAACCUCAACAACUUAAAGAUGUGUGGACUUCAGCUCCCAGAAUUCCCAGCCUGGCUGGGGAAUUCUGGGAGUUGAAGUCCACACAUUUUCAAGUUGUUGAGGUUCACAAACACUGAUGUAGUCCUAUGUCCCCAUGGCGCCUUUGGUGGAAAGCCUCUUCGUGCAGAUGCAACAGCGGGCAACCAUUUGCCUUUUGGGCUAGUGGAGGGAAGGCUGUACCUUACAGGGUUAAGCAGAAGGGAGCUAGCUAUCCUUUUAAAAACAUUCCCCUUUCCCCCUGGUUUUCCUUUCGCAACUAAUGAUAGUUUAACUCUGUUCGAAGUUCAACUCUGAUUUUAAAUACUUUAAAAAAAAAAAAACCCCAAAAACCAACCAAACCAAAAAAAAAAAGUAGCAAAAAUUGUUUCUGUAGCGUUCGUUUCCACUGUUUUGAUCUACUGUUGUAUGUUGUAAUCUCUUGUAUUGUUUUGGAGAAUUGACAGUGUGCUGAAUGCUUUCCAAAUUUCUAGCUGUGUUCUCUCUCCUUAUUCCAAAUUUCCUUCAUUUCUAAGAAUUCCCUUUGCCUAACUUUUUUUUUUUAUUAUUUCCAAAUGCCUGUUGUAUGACUUCCUAGAUUUUUGCACUUUGAUUUUGGGUAAUACUCCCUUUAUAUCUUUUGCGAACAAAAGAGAAACUCCUUCUCUUCGUUGGAGUUCUUUCCUGUCAUUCUAGCACUUUUGGUCUUUGGAGUGUGGUGUCUAAAGCUAAAUCUGCCUUUCAAAUUAAGAAUUUUUUAAAAAUAGAAUCUUUGUAAACUGUUCUGUUUUAGAAAGCAAAAAUGGAGACCCAAGAAGAGUGCUGUGUUUCGUUUGGGAGGGUUAAGCUGCACUACAAAAUAAUUCAGAUUCUUAAUUUAAAAGAAAAUCUUCGUGGCUGCUGUUGGACUGACCAAAACAAAACAUAACACGUUUCUUGUGUUUCUAUAUACAGACAAGCUUUGAUGAGUUUGUGCAUCAAAUGCAAAAUAUCAUGAAACAAAACAGUUGGUGGGCAUUGAAAGACCCUCUCUAUUGGGCCAUUCUGUAGUUCUCUGUUUUCACUCUUGUGUAAAUGAUCAUAGAUUUUCCCCCUUCCUUAUGUUUUCUCCCUGACCUUUAUGUUUGUGUAAAUUUACACUUAAGGAAAAAAAAAAAAAAAAAAAAGACUUUUAUAAGAUCUUCUGUUUCAAUUCUAAGUGCACUGCUUCUUGGAAUGACCUCUCCUUGAUUUUAAAGCUCUCUUCACAGUCCCUUGGAAGGUAUUGCGUUCGCCAGUCUCACGGAGAAAGGCUUUGGGUAGCAAUAAAAACAAAUACGUUGUCCUGCA